GGACGUAUUAAAGGGCUGGGAGCGGGGCAGCUCCCGGCGCGGCCGCCCGAGCUUCCCCUUCCCUGCGCUCGGCCCUCCCUGCGCCCGCCCGCCCCUUCCCUCCGCGGAGCGCGCCGGCCGCCGCGCCCCGGGAGCUGCGCGUCCGCGACCGGGAGCAUGGAGUUUCUGAGCGAGAAGUUUGCCCUGAAGAGCCCGCCGAGUAAAAACAGCGACUUCUACAUGGGCGCGGGGGGCGCGUUGGAGCACGUUAUGCAGACCCUGGACAAUGAGUCCUUUUACGGCAAAGCCGCGGCGGGCAAAUGCGUGCAGGCCUUCGGGCCGCUGCCCCGCGCCGAGCAUCACGUGCGCCUGGAGCGGACCUCGCCGUGUCAGGACGGCGGCGUGAACUAUGGGAUCACUAAAGUAGAAGGACAGCCUCUUCACACGGAACUGAACAGAGCAAUGGACAACUGUAACAGUCUCCGGAUGUCUCCAGGGAAAGGGAUGCAAGAGAAGGGAGAACUGGAUGAACUUGGGGAUAAAUGUGACAGCAAUGUAUCCAGCAGUAAGAAGCGGAGGCACCGGACCACCUUCACCAGCUUGCAGCUGGAGGAGCUGGAGAAGGUCUUUCAGAAAACCCAUUACCCAGAUGUGUACGUCAGAGAACAGCUUGCUCUGAGGACAGAGCUCACUGAGGCUAGGGUCCAGGUUUGGUUUCAAAAUCGAAGGGCCAAAUGGAGGAAAAGAGAACGUUAUGGCCAAAUACAACAAGCUAAAAGCCAUUUUGCCGCCACCUAUGACAUAUCGGUUUUGCCCAGGACUGACAGCUACCCACAGAUUCAGAACAAUCUGUGGGCAGGCAAUGCGAGUGGUGGCUCUGUGGUCACUUCGUGCAUGGUACCCCGUGAUACCUCCUCCUGUGUGACACCUUAUUCUCACUCGCCUCGGACAGAUUCCAGCUACACAGGGUUUUCUAACCACCAGAACCAGUUCAGCCACGUGCCCCUCAACAAUUUUUUCACCGACUCUCUUCUGACGGGGGCUACCAAUGGACAUGCGUUUGAAACAAAGCCAGAGUUUGAAAGGCGGUCUUCCAGUAUUGCAGUCCUUCGAAUGAAAGCCAAGGAGCACACUGCCAAUAUUUCAUGGGCCAUGUAACAUACAGUACUCUUGUUUUUCUUUAAGUGGAAAAGUAAAACAUUCUUAUUUCUCAUAUUUAAAGGAUACCACAAUAAGCUGCUGUGUGUGGAAUUGCUAACGGUCAGGAUAUACAGCGAGACCAGCUUAAAUGAAUAGUUGUUAUUAUUUAACAUUAAAAUCUAAGAAUGAACCUCUGAAGACUAAAUAGGUUUACCAUGCACUAGUCUCCACAAACUCUGUUUUAGUAGUAUUUUUUUUCUAUUGUAUGAGUCGGUGAAAUACGAUCAUGCGACUUCUUAAAAGAAUAAAUGUAUGAAACAAAUUCCUCUGUUAUAAAUUGAUUUAUGUUAGUUCUGUAUAACAAGAAAUCCCUUAUUGUAAAGUAAUACCUGAUAAAGGAAGAAAUGCACUGGGGAAAAUGUCAAGAUACCAAAGCUGUCAGGUAAAUAUUGAAACAGAGCAUUUCAGGGACUUAAAUGCCAUUUCUCCCUCUCUGACUCCAUGACAAAAUGGGCAUAUGCCCUGUUGAGGAGAAUUUAUCUUCAGGUCUCAAAGGUUACUUCACCCCUAGAUGUUUUAGUGAAUUUUUGUUUCAUGCAAAAAAAACCCCUUAAAAUGACCAGCAUUUGCAUGAAAUAUUUGGGCAUAGUUUCCUGAAACCAUGUGUCUAAAGGUGAUAACUGAAAUAUUCCGGUGUGAUGUUUAAAAGAUAGUCACGAGAACAGUUUUUAUAAAUGCCAACUUUUGGGUGAGAAAGCCAGCAUGGACUCAGUGUCUUAGUUAUCACGCACAAGAAAAAAAAACAAAGUUACAAUACCUGUUGUUACUUUUAAAUUAAAAUUGUGUUGAUUAAACUGUACACAUGAACAUCUAAUAAAUGCACUAAAAUGUAUUCUGUUAAAGGAGCAAUGAACUGGAAUUUAUAUUUACUUCAUGUGCACAUGCGAGUGCACAUUUGUGUGCAUGUGUGUAUUUGGUUUUUGACAUAUAAUCUGUAAGCAUUUUUGCUGCUGUGGUUUUGCAUAGGGAAUUAAAAGGUCAGAAGGCUCUCUCUAAAAUUUCUGGUGGAAAAGAAGAGAAGAAAAAUACAUUGCAUCUGGAAAAUUGCUAACCCCGUUGAUUUGCUUCUCCUCCCUUUCCCCUGUCACAUUCCAAGCUUUUUCAGAUGAGUGAAAUGUCAACCUCCUUGAAAAAGUCUCAAGUUCAUAAAGGCAAAGUAAAUUAAUUGAAACGAAGAUGACUUUCAUGGCUUGAGUCGGAGCAAGGUCUGCUCUUUGUACUCUCCUAGAAUCUUCCUUGGGGUUUCUACAGACUUUAGGGAUAUUCUUGUAAGUUCUAAAGGCUAAAGGACAAGAGUACAUGAAUUGAAAAAUUAAAUUUAAGAAA